CAAGUUUUGACAAAAUAAUUGAACCCUCCCUCUUUCUUUCCCUGUAGACCCCAGAUCUUGAACCCUCCCUCCCAAAUCUUGAACACUGCCUCUUUCUUUCCCCAUAAACCCCAAAUCUCCUUCUCUUUCUUUCCCUCUUUCUUUCCCCGUUGACCCCAAAUCCUGUCUUUCCUUUUGGGUCGUCGAACCCAAACCUUGAACCCGAACGACAGGCCGCCACGGGAAUCUCGAAGCCGACGCAAAUCAAGUCCCAAAAUCAAGGUGUUCAUUUUGUACAUUGUAACGGUAUCAUUACUUUUUGACAUCCUUGCUCUAGCAAUCCUUAAAGUUGUCUAUUUGUACAGGAUAAGUCUUUCAUAUAUCUAGCCGGCCUACUACAGAUUCAUUACAUUCCUACUUAUAGAUGUCGUAGUUGAUUACUCGUCGUCGGAGUGUGACCAAUGCACCUCCCGCAUUAUCAGCAUCUAUUGCUUCAGCCGUGAAUGCACCAUUGAUUGGGGAGCCUACACCUAAUGUUAAGGCUACUUCUACGACUUCCCAGGUGCCCGUCUCAUCGACGUCAUCAGUGUCCGUUGAGUUGCUCAAUGCACGGCGACCUCACCGACGCUGUCGCGACCCGGAGCCUUUUGAUCAAACUUCCUCGGCAUCCAGAGUUGAGGGUGAGGCCUCCCAGCCACCAGCUAAAAAAAAAAACCAGGGGGCCUAGUCGAAUGCUGAAGGAGUUACAGGGCGUACGUCAGAACAACUCCAAGAUCAAGAUUGUGUUUGACCUGCUACAUUGUGGAGUGGCUACCUCACAGUAGCAUAGCGGUGUUGCUAGUAAUUGUGGUGUUGUUAUUCGAGAUAAUUAUCCUUUUCAGCGGGAGUCUUGGGCACAAAUUCCUAAGGAGACGAAGAUACUGGUGCAAGACAAGUUGUCGUGCGUUUAUGAUCUUAAGGGCAUAUCCCCUGAGGUCAUGGUCUACUUAGAGGAGACCUUAGCAACCCGGUACAAACAAUGGAAGAACAAUUUUCACAAGCAUUUUAAGCGAUGGGAUGAUCCAGAGAUUGCUCGCCUACAUGUUCCAAACGAGUUGAAGGACCGGCCAGAGGAUUGGGAAUGGCUCUACAAACAUUUUACGGACCCAAAAUUUGUGAAGAAAUCUAUUGCUGGCCAGAAAGCUCGGGAGUCAAAGACACUUUUCCACCAUUCUGGUUCGCAACCCUUUUUGUAUAGGCUUGAGGCACGACGUGAGAAGGGUUCUAAGUUCCCAGAGAUCGACAUGUUCAAGGACGUUUACGUUCGACCUGGUAAUGAGACCACUAAGCAGCUUCAUGCUACUAUGGAGGAAAAGAGCACUAUUAUUCUCCAUGAAGCAGCAUCGCAGCUUCCCCCGGAGACCCCGAUCGAGGACGUCAUGGUACUUGAGGAUGCAGGUUUUCAGAUCAUGACUGAUGUCCUGAAUUAGAACUAUGGUCGUCGUCGUGGCAAGGUUGUUCGGGGUAUGGGGAAAGCGUGGAUUCGUGAGACGAGUGCUUCUUUUUCUAGAUCGAACAUAACAAAGGUCGAUGCAUUGAAGGCGGAAGUGACGCAGUUGAGGACCGAGGCCGAGCAGAUGAACGCGCAGCUGAGGGCCCAGGGCAAGGAGAUGAGGAUCUGUGUCGAGAGGGUGCAAGAACUUGUACAAGCCAUAUAGAUGUCCGGCCUCCAAAUCUCCCUACUAGCACCUCAUCUUGCUCCACCUUCGACCUCAGAGCCACCUUGCCAUGCCGAUACCCAGUAGCCUGAUAUAUUAAACCUAGUUCUAGUUCACUUGUAGUUUUUUCUUUUUUGUUCGAACAUCUUGUAUGUACAUUUUCAAAUAUUUUAUAAUUUAAUACUUUUGCUUGGUUAAUUAA